AUGGCGUCGCACGUCGUGUGCACGUCGCGGGACCUCCUCCCGCUAGUCUUGCAGUACCAAGCUGGCGUCUUUGAAGACCUCUUGCCGUACUUUCACGCGCGCUACUAUCGCGGGUUUUACGCCAAGGACGCGUCCAAGAGCGCACUCCACAUGGCGAUUGCGCGCAGGAAGCCAGGUAUCGUCGCCCGCCUCUUUCGCUGCGUGCCCCACCUCUUCAACACCGAUGCGAUGGAUCUCGCAGCCUCGUUUGGGCACCUCGAUGUUGUCCGCGUGCUCCACGAUCUCGGCUGCAGCUGCUCGACGUCGGCGAUGGACGCCGCGUCGCAGGCCGGUUUCUUGGACGUGGUUGACUUUUUGCACACACAUCGCACCGAAGGAUGUACAAGAUUUGCUCUGAAUGCAGCACUGCGCGACGGCAACGUCGAGAUGGCAGCGUUCUUGUUGGCACACCGCCACGAAGGCUGCAGCGCCGAGGCGAUUGACCAUGUUGCGUGGCAUGGCCAGCUGCGCUUGUUGCAGCUACUGCACGAGCACGACGCUGCCGGCUUUUCGCACCGCACGAUGGACUUUGCGGCCGGCGGUGGCCAUUUGCCGGUCGUCGCUUUCUUGCACGAGCACCGCCACGAAGGCUGCUCGGUCGACGCAAUGAAUGACGCGGCGCGCCGUGGGUACUUGCCGGUCGUCGCCUUCUUGCAUGCCAUGCGCAGCGAAGGCUGCACGACGGACGCCAUGGACGACGCUGCAUCCAAUGGGCACCUCGACGUCGUCCGCUUCCUGCAUUCGCAUCGGGAGGAAGGAUGCACCACCGAUGCAUUGGACCUCGCUUGCCGCCACGGAUUCCUCGACGUGGCCAUGUUUCUGCACACGUACCGGCGAGAAGGCUGCACGGCGAACGCCCUUCUGGAUGCUGUCGCCCAUGGGCAUACCGACGUUGUCAGCUACCUCUGCCAGCAGCGCCUACCCCAGUGCAACGUUUCGGCAGCCUUGGAUCUCGCCAAGGACCGCGGUCUGCACGCGAUGGUCGCAUGCCUAUCGUGCCCCGUGCCAGCGGCCGUCGCGCCUCGCGCCGCUUCGUGACCAACUGCAAUCUCGACGCUACUCAAGAGGGAUACUGCAUUAAAUA